AUGCAUCUGGAAGAAAUGGGUGAACAGCAUCCACUUUUUACAUGUAAAGCACAUAUAUUUCAGGUUGAUUCAGAAACACGAAAAUCAUGGGUACAGUUAUCGAUCGGGGCUGUAAAUGUUCAAAUAUUUCAUGAUAGUGUUAAAAAUAUUUAUCGAAUUCUAUCGAUUGAAAAUUCUCAGUCGGAAGCAGAUUGGUCGGUAUAUUCAAAUGAUGAACAGUUAAAAUAUGAGAAUGAUUCUUUAAAACUGGCAUUAACACAAAGCUCUCAGAAUGCAAAACAGUGGCAAAAUGACUUGGAAACUUUGCGAAAUAACAAUGUUAAACUGACAACGGCACUUCAAGAAAGUCAUUCAAAUGUUGAAGAAUGGAAACGUCAAUUACAAUUUUAUCGUGAUGAAUGUUCACGACUUCGACUAAUGGUAGCCAAUCACACAGUUGGUAGUACAUCAAGUGGCCAUAAUGCCCAAGAAUUGAAAAGUCUUUUGGACGCAGCUGAUCAACGAAAUAAAGAGCAAGAACAGAAAAUGUUCGCACUUGAAAAUCAAGUACAAAAGUACAUGUCACAAAUCGGAACAUUACAAAGUCGACUAUCGUCGGUUGAAUCAAAUAAUUAUAGUUUAAAUACAGAAUUAAAGUUAUUACACCGUCAAACACCGCAGCGUGAUAAUGUUGUUAUUAGUGGCACGUCACGAUCUCGUCCUAUGUCACCGGGUAAUAAUGUGAAUAAUCAUCGGCAUAAACUAGUAAGUAUGAAUGAAUUAUUUAUAACAAAAUCACAAGAUUUUCAUGAUACAAUUCAAGCAAAAUCUCAAGAUUUACAACGUUUAUGUCAACAAAUAUCUCAAAGUGUUGCCGAAUUAUAA